AUAUCCAAGCCAUUUUUGGGGCCUACAUUAAACAAAGAUGAGUGCUUCUUCCAGAAUACUUUAACUAGAGUGUCCAGGUCAGUUCAAACUUGACCAUGGGAGCCAACACUUCAAGCAAAGCACCAGUGUUUGAUGAAAAUGAAGACGUCAACUUUGACCACUUUGAAAUUUUGCGAGCCAUUGGGAAGGGCAGUUUUGGGAAGGUCUGCAUUGUGCAGAAGAAUGAUACCAAGAAGAUGUACGCCAUGAAGUACAUGAAUAAACAGAAGUGUGUGGAGCGGAAUGAAGUGAGGAAUGUCUUCAAAGAACUCCAGAUCAUGCAGGGCCUAGAACACCCUUUCCUGGUGAACCUGUGGUAUUCCUUCCAAGAUGAAGAAGACAUGUUCAUGGUGGUGGACCUGCUACUUGGUGGGGACCUGCGUUAUCACCUGCAGCAGAAUGUCCACUUCCAGGAGGACACAGUGAAGCUCUUCAUCUGUGAGCUGGCCAUGGCCCUGGACUAUCUGCAGAGCCAGCGCAUCAUUCACAGGGAUAUGAAACCAGACAAUAUUUUACUUGAUGAACAUGGGCAUGUGCACAUCACAGACUUCAACAUUGCUGCCAUGCUGCCCAAGGAGACUAGGAUCACCACCGUAGCUGGCACCAAGCCUUACAUGGCACCCGAGAUGUUCAGCGCUAGGAAGGAAUCGGGUUACUCCUUCGCUGUUGACUGGUGGUCCCUCGGGGUGACGGCUUAUGAACUGCUGAGAGGCCGGAGGCCAUAUCACAUCCGCUCCAGUACUUCCAGCAAGGAAAUUGUCAACAUGUUUGAGACAGCAAUUGUAACUUACCCUUCUGCCUGGUCACCAGAGAUGGUAUCCCUUCUUAAAAAGCUGCUUGAACCUAAUCCAGACCAACGCUUUUCUCACUUGACUGACAUUCAGAAUUUCCCUUAUAUGAGUGACAUGAACUGGGAUGCAGUCCUGCAGAAGAGGCUCAUUCCGGGCUUCGUUCCAACUAAAGGUAGGCUUAAUUGUGACCCAACUUUUGAACUGGAAGAAAUGAUUUUGGAGUCCAAACCUCUUCACAAGAAAAAGAAGCGUCUGGCUAAAAAGGAGAAGGAAAUGAAGAAAUGUGACUCCCCUCAGAUGUGCCUUCUUCAAGAGCAUCUUGACGCUGUUCAGAAGGAAUUUAUAAUUUUCAACAGAGAAAAAGUAAAAAGAGACUUUAAUCAAAGACAAGCAAAUCUAGCCUUGGAGCAAACCAAAAACAACACAGAAGAGGAGGAUGGCCAGAAUAACAACCUAUAAAAUGCUUCCGAGUCUUCGGGGGACAGUGCUUGGCACCUGGCGGGAAACUCCUGAUUACCACUCACCGAAAUGCUGACAGUGGUCCUUGCCACUCCACACCUCACGACUUAGAGAAUGUGAAUGAAUCGUGGCAGUGCUUUGCAGCAACAGGAGGGGAAGAGAGCCCUGGUUCUGAGCUCCUCAGUUCCACAGCCGGAACUCUGUGACCUUAAGCGAAUCAUUUAACUGCUUCUUCUGUUUUAGUUCACCGCUCGAC